CAUGCGCUUGAAAAAAAAAAGCCCUUUGACCCGAAGGGUCAUUCGAUCCAUGUAUUUAAAACCUGCUCCUCCUUCUUACUAGGCUACAGCACACACUCCAUCCAGCCCGACAGGUCGCAGCAACAUGAGAUCGACGCUCUCGCCGCGGGCGCUCCGCCAUGUCAGGGCGUCGUCGGCAACGAGGGCCUUCUCCUCGACGGCGCGCCGGCUCGACACGUACGGCUUUAUCGGGCUCGGCCAGAUGGGCUACCAGAUGGCCAGAAACCUACAGUCCAAGCUCCCGCCAUCGGACACGGUCCGGCUCUUCGACAUCAACCGCGACGCCAUGCGGAAGCUGGCCGCCGAGAUGAAGGCGGCGUCACCGUCACAGGCUGGGGGCGCCGCCGUGGAGCUGGCCGAGAGCGCGGAGGCGGCGUCGACGGAUGCGGACACCGUCAUCACCGUGCUCCCCGAACCGAGCCACGUCAAGUCCGUCUACGCGUCCAUAGUCUCGCACCUACAAUCCCUACCGCAGACGCAGCCGAGCCGGCUCUUCAUCGACUGCUCGACUAUAGACCCGGCCUCGUCGCAAGAGGUGGCGGCGCUGGUGGCGGCGGGCACGGGCGGGGCGGCGGUGGCGGCGCUCGUGGACGCGCCCAUGUCGGGCGGGGUGGUCGGGGCGGCCGCGGGCACGCUGACCUUCAUGCUCGGGUCGGCCGACGACGGGCUGGCCGGGCGGGCGGAACCCACACUCCUCAAGAUGGGCCGGCGCGUGCUGCGCUGCGGCGGGCAGGGGACCGGCCUCGCGGCCAAGCUGGCCAACAACUACCUCCUGGCCGUGGCCAACGUGGCGGCGGCCGAGGCCAUGAACAUGGGCGUGCGCGCCGGGCUCGACCCGGCCGUGCUGGCGGGCGUGCUCAACGCCUCGACGGGCCGCUGCUGGCCCACCGAGGUCAACAACCCCGUCCCGGGCGUCUGCCCCGCCAGCCCCGCGGGCAGGGACUACGCGGGCGGCUUUGGGCUCGCGCUGAUGCGCAAGGAUCUGGGGCUGGCCAUCUCGGCGGCCCAAGCGGCCGGGGCCAGGCUGGAGCUGGCCGAGAAGACGAGGGAGGUCUACGACGGGGCCGACGCGAGGGAGGACUGUCGGGGGAGGGACUUUAGUGUGGUGUAUCGGUACUUGGGAGGCAAGGAGUGAGGGGGGAACCCGCAGUUCGUCGUCAUGGUGUAAAAAGUCUAGACGGGGGUGUAGAAAACGUAGGUGUCCGAGGUGGUAUGGCAUCUCAAUGGCAUCGGAAUGCAACAUGAACGAUUUCGGCACGACAGCGGCAACCAGCGGACCGGAGUUCGGACGAAUCGCAUCGAGGCUCAAUUCCUUAAAAAACGUGGCCCGGCACAACCACAACCUACCAGACUCCAAGCUAACCCGAAGUAGUUGCUCGUUUGCACAGUAGCCAAGGGUUCUAGGCCACCAGCUUCGGCGUAUUUCAUCGUACUUUAGGGUUCGUACUCCGUAUCGCUAAAAUAACGCUUCUCUUGGCGGACACCGUCCCCUCC